ACGCUAAGGUUCAUCUUCCUGAGUUUCUUUUAACUCUGUAGUUAGUUUUCUAUUUGAAUGAAAUUUAUGUGGAAUUGUGGCUUGAGUUUAGGCAUUUUUAUUCCCCUACAGUAAGUGGCUAGACCAUUAUACCUUAGACUUUAGUUGAUAUUGGAUAAUAGUUUUGUUAUUUUUAAGAUUUCUUGGCUUCGUAGAGGUGGAUUCCUUUGUUAACUGAUAUAUUUAAGAUUUUUUUUUUUUUUUCCAGCAAGAUCGGCUUUUCUAUUAUCUUAAUAGGUCUGUAAGCGGGGAGUAUCUUGUCCUCUCCCAAGGGAAUUGGAAAAGAUACAGAGGGUGCUCUUGAUUCCAAUCCGAAUGGCUUUGGUACACUAUGUUGAUAAACUCCAUUUAAACUUAUUGAUAAUGUUGGGUUAAGUUGUUGAAUAUCUAUUUUUUCACUAACUAAUGUUGCUGCUUUAUAAGUUCUCUAGUGUUUCUACAGAUAUCUUUGUUCAAAUGAUGUUGCUGCCAUUUUCAGGUAUCUUUUUGCCUGCAGUUCAAUUUUUCUCAUUUUAGGGCUAUCUGUUUUGAUAUGUGGCAUCAUCAUCUAAGUGUUCUACUUUGAGUACAGGUUCAUCCUAGGAAAAGUUUUCCUACACAAUUUUCUCUUUUUGUGUGUUUUGUCUUUGCAGCAUCUGAGAGUUUUUGAGAUUGUGAAGAAGACUGUUGUCGAGACAGCGCAGAAUUGGCAUAGAAGAAUUUACCAUAUAGGAGAAGUGCGCUUAUAAUUCUUGAAGUGAUUUAGGAUGCGAUUGGGAUUGUAGUU